CGCGGGCAGGGGCGCUGCCGCCGCCGGGGGAAAUGGGGGAGCCGCGGGGGGCGGCGGUGAGAGCGGCGGCCGUCCUGCUCGGGGCGGGCGCCUGCUACUGCCUGUGGCGGCUGGCGGCGGGCGGCCGGCGGGGGCAGCCCUCAGACAACAGUCCUCCAGCAUCAACCCAUACCGUGGAUGAGGAUGCUCUACAGAAACUUAUUCAUUUGCUCCAGGCCACAGAUGAUCCAUUAAUUCAAGAGCAAGCUUUAAUCACUCUCAGCAACAGUGCUGCCUUCUCUGUAAAUCAAGACAUAAUCCAAAAUUUGGGUGGCCUUUCUGUUAUUGGAGGGAUGCUCUCGGAUUGCGUUCCCAAAGUUAAAGAAAAAGCACUAAAUGCACUUAAUAAUUUGAGUAUGAAUAUUAAAAAUCAGGAAGAGAUACAGGUAUAUAUUGUGCAAGUUUGUAGGAACAUUGAGUCAGCUCCCCUGAACUCUGAUCUGCAGCUAGCUGGACUCAGAUUGUUGACAAAUAUGUCUGUUACCAGUGACUACCACCAUAAGAUGAUAAACUCAAUUCCAUGCUUGCUUCAUUUGCUCUCAGAAGGAACUGAAAGGACACAGAUUCAAGUUUUGAAAGUACUUGUGAACUUAUCUGCAAACCCAGCCAUGACAAGACAUCUUCUCAGAACAAAAGUGCCAUCACUGCUGUUGCUUUUUGACAACUGUAUAAACAGAGAUAUUCUGCUCAGAGCCCUGGUGUUUGCAGCAAACUUGAAAAAGAAUAUGAACAAUGAAGAUGGCACCAUGAUUAAGGACCAAUACAGUGAACAUUCAAUUUUCUCCACGCUCUGCAGGGACUCUACCCCAUUUGCUCAGAAACUGGCAUCUUUGUUGCAUCAUCCCGAUACAGAAGUGAAAGAGCAAGUUGUGAGAAUAUUAACACAGUAGUGAUUUUUUUAAAAAACAGACUGACCUGAUGAAAAUAUAUAAUCUUAGGAAUGAUAUGCUACAAAACUCCCAACAAGCAAACAGUAAAACAACCAUAAAAAAUACUGAAUACUACCAUAUUACUAGGCACAGAUCAGUUACUACAAAAGAGAACGCAAUGUCUUUAAUAUAGAGCAUGACAGUUUUUUUGUUUGUGGUUUUUUUUUUUUUAACAUGAGCAUGAUAAAAGCAAUAGCUUAAUUAGUACUGAGAAACCAGUGUACAGCUGAUACCUGUACACAAAGGGGGAGGAAUAGUUUAAAACUUGAAAACUUUCAUACGUACAGUGAACAUUUUAAAUGGAUGACUAAAGUGAAUCAAAAUACUAUUCUCAAUGUCAAAGAAUUUUUGUUGCCUUAAGUAUUUACAGCUGUUGAAUAAAUACCUCUAUAAAAUGGCGUGUUAAAGA